AUGGAGGUUAAAAUUGAUUCGGCUGGCCUUUUCGACAUUAGUAAGAUUUGCAGGGCUUGUUUGACGGAGAGACAAGAUAUGAGAUCAGUAUUCAUGCAAGACGAAGCGACUGGACAAUCCCUAAUUCUUGCCGAAAUGAUCAGAGAUUUCUCUACUGUCCAGAUCGAGAAUGGGGAUGGUCUUCCCAGUCUUAUAUGCAUACAGUGUGCCCAUGAAAUAAGCAGGUGCUAUUCUUUCAAACAACUUUGUGAGCAGUCUGACAUGAAUCUCAGAACGUACCUUGGAAAACCUGUUGGUCUGAAACGAAGCAAAGAAGAAGAAGUCCACCAGAAUAAUGAAUAUUCUUCAUCAUUGUUGCUGGACAAUUAUGGAUUUGAUUCAUCAUCUGAGAACAGUGAUGAAGAUGACUUCAGAGAUGAUCUGAGUUUGUUGCAAUCCACACUGGUUGAUAAUUCAAAUGAUGAAAAAGUCAUUGCUCAAAAGCAGCUAUUGAAGGCUGCCAAGUUCCAGAGGAGGGGGAUCAGUAAGAGAAAAUUGCUAGCAAAAGGAGGUAAAGCUGCUGUUCUGGCCAACAAAAAACUGAAAAGGAACACCAACCAGUGCAACGUAUGCAAAAAGCAGUUCAUCAACAUGAAAUCGUUCAGGAAACACCUGCGGACCCACAUCGAGGACAGACCCUUCAAGUGCAAGCUCUGUCCCAGAGGAUUCACCGAAGAAAACUACCUCAACAACCAUAUGCGCACGCACUUACCCGAAGAACAAAAACCGCACGAGUGCGAGGUGUGCAAAAAGAGAUUCAUCCACGUGACUUUGCUCAACAAACACAUGCUCAAGCACAGCGGAGAGAAGCCGUUCGUGUGCAAGAUUUGCAACAAGGGUUGCUUCGCGGAGAACAGCUUGCUGAAGCACAUGAAGAUCCAUGAGAAAAGGGAGGGGGAUCCCGGUUUGCUCAAGCAUAUUUGCGACUAUUGCAAGACGGAGUUUGCUAGUUCGGAAAUUUUGUCUAUUCAUAUCAAACAGCACACCGGGGAUCGGCCGUUUGUUUGCAGCACCUGUGGGAAGAAUUUCCCGCAGAGGUUCAAUCUUGAACUACAUUUACGAACUCAUACAGGUGAGAGACCGUUCAAAUGCGAGGUAUGCAAGAACGGUUACGUGUCCAAGGCCAGUCUGAAAAUCCACAUGAGGACGCACACCAACGAAAGACCGUUCGUGUGCGAUUUUUGCGGGAAGGCUUUCCGACAAUCCGGCGAUCUUACCAGCCACAAACGUCUCCACGGUACGGAAAAGCCCAUCGAGUGCUCAGUGUGCCAAAAACGGUUCACGACCGUGAUGAAGUUGAAGUACCACAUGCGAAAUCAUACAGGAGAACGGCCGUACGUGUGUACAGUGUGCGGCAGGGGAUUCACAGUCAACACCAUCUUGCUGAGGCACAUGAGAGUCCAUUCCGGUGAAAGACCCUACGUUUGCGUCACGUGCGGCAAGGCUUUCUCGCAAUCGAGCACCCUCAACACCCACAUGAAAGUUCACGCUCCCACACCGAAAUACAACGGCCAGGACCAUCAAAGAACCAUGAAAUACGAGGCUAACGACGAGCAAAAAUACCAACCGCCCCCACAACAACAACAACAACAACAGCUACAUCCAGACAACCGGAUAUUCUUGCAACCGGACAACUCGAAAAUCCUAGCGGAUAACUCGCACUUAUUAACCGACAACAGGUUGAUCGCGAUCAAUAUAAGCGAACCACCGCCACUGAGGAUUUUAGUCGAUAACGGCAACAGCGCGAGACUGAUGACAAAUGACAAUAGACUGAUCGCGCAGGCGCAAGAUGAUAGACUAAUCGCAAAUGUCAACGUGGCGGACAACAGGUUGAUGCAAGUGGACGGUGGCAGGUUGACGGAUAAGUAUCUGACGAAUUACGAUCCUUAUCACAGGGGACAUUUGUAA